AUGGAAAUCAAUGAGAAAUUACACGCAAGAGAAGACGAACUGGUGGCAAAGGAAGAGUUCAUCCGUCACCAAGAAUCUUCUCUAAUGGAAAUCAGUGAGAAAUUACACGCAAGAGAAGACGAACUGGAGGCAAAGGAAGAGUUCUUCCGUCAUAAAAAAUCUACUCUAAUGGAAAUCAGUGAGAAAUUACACGAACUGGUGGCAAAGGAAGAGUCCACCCGUCACAAAGAAAAAGAAGAGGACUUGAAUGGACAAAGGGGUAGGAAGCUUAUUCAAAACGAGCCAAGUCCAGUGUUAGACGAUGGGUUCUCAGAAGCAGCUGCCAUACCUGAAGUGGAUGGGUUACCUGAAGAAGAUGAACCCCCAGAGAAGAAAGGGAAAGCAAAGAAAAAUAGACGCAGAAAGAGGCAGGAAAGACAGCGUCUUGAGGAAAAAAACACAGUUAUUUCAGAAGCAGCUGCCAUACCUGAAGUGGAUUGGUUACCUGAAGAAGGUGAACCAGUAGGAAGAUCUAGAAGUCCAAACCUUUCAGAUGAGGACGAACCACUACCUGCUGGAAGGACGAUGUGGAAAAUGGCCCAAAUAUCCAUUGCCAAUCCCAUUAACAUUAUCUAUUAUGUGGAACAAUUGGAAUUAGAAUGGAUAGAGGAGGAGAAGAAAAGGAAAAAAAACGGAGAAAAGAACAGGAGCAAAAGGAGGCAGCAAGGGAACAGACUGAAGAUGAUAUUGACUGUUUGGGAAGACCCAGAAGAUGAGGAUGACACAGAAGAGGAGGUUGAGGAGGACUCAGAAGAAGAGGAUGAGUAUGACUCAGAAGAAGAGGAUGAGUACGACUCAGAAGAAGAGGAUGAGUACGACUCAGAAGAAGAGGAUGAAGAUGACUCAGAAGAAGAGGAUGAGGACUCUGAGCAGGAUGAGGAGGACUCAGAAGAACAAGAAGAGGAGGACUCAGAACAUGAGGAGAAGGAUGAGAAGAACCCAGAAGAACAUAAAAAGUUCUUACAUCAGAAAUAUGAUGGGGAUAGUAUCGCAAACUUACAUACAGAUAUAGAAAAUUCGAUCCGUAACUUAACCACAGAUUUGAAACGAGCCGGCGUAGUUAUUGGCGAUGGUGAUGCAUUUAGUCGUGACACAAAGGAUUUAGUCAGUAUGAAAGAGAUUUUGAAUUACAUAGUUCAUGGUAUAGUAUAUGAUGCUAUCGGGGAAGAAGAAAAACGAGUCUUUAAGAAACAGGAUGCUGAUCUUGAGCAGGAUAGUCUAGCAGCUUUAAGAUUUAUGAAAAAGGAAAUGUGCAAAAAGGGACUGAAUCUGGGAAAAGAAUUUACAGGUUUUGUAAAUAAUGGAAACCCUAGUAGAAAUAGGAAUAAUUUCCAGGGAAGGACAGAUAGUGUUCCAGACAGAGCCAGAAAUUUCAAACAUAAACAACAAGGAAAACAAGAUCCUAGGAAUAAUCCAAGGAAUAGUAAUGGGAAAUUUUUCCAAGCAAACAAGAAUAAUACAGAAAUACGAGGUCCUGGUAGAAUUAUAAGGGGAAUAGCCGGAAAACAAAUAAAGGCGCUAGGCAAUGUCACACUGGACAUAGAGAUUUUAGACAAAACUUUUAGGAAGUAUUUUGUAGUAUUAGAAGAAAGGUUUUACCUACGCAAGCGCUAUUUUCAUAUAACAAAGCUAUGUGGAGAUGUAGAAUAA